AUGUAUCGGUCCACGAAGGGAGCCUCCAAGGCGCGGCGGGACCAGAUAAAUGCGGAGAUCAGGAACCUGAAGGACCUGUUGCCCAUCGCGGAAGGGGAUAAGCUCCGGCUAUCGUACCUCCACAUCAUGUCCUUGGCGUGCAUCUACACGCGGAAAUCCAUAUUCUUCUCCAAAGGAGCAACUCUAGAAGGCUUGGAGAGCUUGCUUUCUUCCCAGGACUUGGAAGAUUUUAUGCAGACGCUUCCAGGCUUCCUUCUGGCAUUCACUGGAGAAGGCAAACUCAUCUAUGUGUCGGAGAACGUUGCUGAACAUCUGGGGCACUCUAUGGUGGAUUUGGUUGCCCAAGGAGACAGCAUCUACGACAUCAUUGAUCCAGCAGAUCACUUUGUGAUGAGGAACCAGCUGGCAUUGACUUCUCCAAUAGAUACAAGCCGACUCUUCCGGUGCCAUUUCAACACUUCCAAGACAAUCCGGCGGCAAAGUUCUGGGAACAAGCUGGUCCUUAUCCGAGGGAGGUUCCACCAGCCCCCACCUGGCUCUUACUGGUCCACUAAUCCUGUCUUCACUGCUUUCUGCACUCCUCUGGACCCCAAGCCCAGAAUCAGCCAGAAUUCCUUCUUCUUGACUUCUUUUGAGAGUCGCCACACAAAAGACUUGGCCAUUGUGGACAUCUCUGAAAGUGUGAUCUUCCAUUUGGGCUUUGAGAAAAGUGAGCUGUUUUGCAAGUCAUGGUACAGCCUGAUCCAUCCAGAAGAUCUGAGCCAUGCGUCAACCCAGCAUUACAGGCUGUUGGGUGACACAAGUGAAACUCAAGCGGAAAUGGUCGUCCGGCUCCAAACCAAAGAUGGCAUGGAUUGGAUAUGGACCUAUUCACUGCUCCACAUGGAGAAUGCUGAUGUUCCUAUCACGUCUCACAACUAUAUAAUCAGUGAUUCUGAAGCCUGGUCUCUCAAGCAGCAGCUCUCAGCAGAAGAAACCCAGGUGGCCUAUGUCCUCGGAAGCGCACCAGCUUUCCUGGAAGGCCUCCUCUCUCCUGGGCAACUUUCCAGCCCUGACCAAGUCUUCACACCUGUAGCUGGCACCCCGACCAGCACCAUUGUUGCACCAUCGUUUGACUUUGGCACCACUGGUGGAGCAGAAUGCCCCUCUGCGUUCACAGAGACCAGCGCUUCCAGUCUGCCCCAGGAGGUGGCGGAGCCUAGAGAUAUCUCCUCCGUGGAGGAGCCCACCCCAGGUUCCAGCCUCAGCCUACUCGACAAAGGCCCAGCAUUCAGCUACGUGGUCUUCCCGACAGACUAUGAACAGACCUUAAGACAAGACAACCUUUGCGGCUCCUCCUCCAAAGACUUUGUCUGCACCCCUCCAUAUACCCCACACCAGGGCUGUGCCUUUCUCUUUGGAGCCCAGGAGACUUACGCUCCAAGCGCGAUCCCUACUGCCUCGCCUCCUGUGACCACUACCCCGCCCGCUGCCGCCGCUGCCCCUCCUGCCACUACUGUUCCUACCACCACCACCUCUGAGCUGUUCUACACCCAGGACCAAUGCAGUGCUCUCUAUGAGAAGCUACCACCUACCCCGGACAGCCCUGGUAAUGGGGACUGUACCGUCAUGACCUUGCCUGAGAUCAGAGGUCCCCUCUAUAUCGAUGUGCCCAUGGUGCCCGAGGGGAUCCUGACUCCGGAGGCCUCGCCCAUCAAACAGACAUUCUUCAGAUAUUCUGAAAAAGAGAAGGGCGAGAUUGAACUGCUGGCAAAGCAGAUCAGCAGCCUGGCUGAGGCUUUCAGCUCUGUUGCUCCCAGAGAGCUUGUCAAGAGCAGCCAUGUCACCCUCGGCGAUUCUGCACUGGGCGCCGUCCCCGAACUGUGCCUGGACUUCCAGCCUUCCAAGAACUGGAGGAGCAUUGACUUCUCCUUGUUGGCCUGCCCAGAGGAAGACCUCUUAGAAGAGGAUGCUCUCGAGACCCUUCUCCAAGACCUGUCCACCUCUCUGUUUGAGAAAGGUGGGGCGGGUGUGAGGUGCCCUCACCACCAGUUCUGCGGUGGGAAUGUCAGUAGUCCAAUCAGCUUGGACACCGAAGAUAGUAACCAAGGGGCCUUGGCUGCCUCUCCCAGCAUGGACCUACCUCCAGAAGAGCGAUGCUUUUUGGAAGAACUGGCCUCCUAUGAAACAGCCUUUGAGACACGUGCCUCAAACUCUCCCUGUGAUGGGUUAGAUGAGUUGUAUCAACUCCAGAGCCACAUGCAAGAAGGCUUCCAUGAAGAUGGAAGCGAAAGUGACCCUUCGUUUUGA